UUUAUAAGGAAAUAAUAUUACAUAUAUGAUAAAUAUUUCAGCAAUUUAUCUUCAUUCUAAUGUUUGUAAAUAAAUUAAAAAUAAUAAAAUGUAGUGAAGAUUUAUACAUACAUACGAUACAAGGAUUUUCUAGCACAUGUAAGAAGACAGAGUGAAUACUUUGUACUACCGGUUACCUCGCUACUCGCGAAAGAGGUGCAGGUUUUGUGUAUAUUUAACCAUAAUGACUGCGUUAAGUGGUUUUAUGGAAUUUUUUCAAAAAGGGAAGGUGAAUACAUUUAGGCCAAAAAAAAAAUUUGCUCAUGGCACAUUACGAUAUUCUUUGCAUAAACAAGCACAAGCUUCAUUGAAUUCAGGAAUUAAUUUGAGAUCUGUUGUGAAAUUACCACCAGGAGAAGAUCUGAACGAUUGGAUUGCAGUUCAUGUGGUAGACUUUUUUAAUAGAAUAAAUCUGAUAUAUGGUACUGUAUCUGAAUAUUGUGAUUCUGCGUCUUGUCCAACAAUGAGUGGCGGAGCUCGUUUUGAAUACUUAUGGGCAGAUGGUGAAAAAUAUAAAAAACCUACUGCACUGCCAGCACCACAAUAUGUUAGCCUUCUUAUGGAUUGGAUUGAAGCACAAAUUAAUAAUGAAACCAUUUUUCCCGUAUCAACAGAUGUACCAUUUCCAAAAACAUUUGUACCACUCUGUAGGAAAAUUUUGACACGUUUGUUCAGAGUUUUUGUUCAUGUCUAUAUACAUCAUUUUGAUCGUAUUGUAGCAAUAGGAGCAGAAGCACAUGUAAAUACAUGUUACAAACACUUUUACUAUUUUGUAACAGAAUUUGAAUUAAUAAAUACAAAAGAAUUAGAACCAUUGGCUGAAAUGACUGCUAAAGUUUGCAAGGAUACUGCAUCACCAACACAAGCAACAGCACCAUCAAGUAAUGCUAGAUAGUUGUAAGCUUAAUAACUGCAUGAAGUCAUAAUCAAAUUAGAACGAAACAAAUUUGCUUUAAUGUAAGUAAAAUAGACAAUGACCAUACAAUUUUAUUGCCUUUCAAAAAGUAUUGCAAAAUUUUUAUUACUAGGAUACCACAGGAUAAUAUUAUUUUUUUGCAAUUUACAGAAUCAAAGAAUUUCAACAAAUGCUUUAUUGUGUACAGUGCUUAAGUUCUUUAAUUAUAAUAUUGAUAUCUUUGGGAUAUCUUAUUAAUGUAACUAUAUCUCUCUCUUCCUGGUUAGCCAUAUUAAAUGCGUAACAAAUGAAACAAUUAGAUUUUGAAAAUCUAUACUUUUUGUGCGUAAAUAGUUACAGCAAUUAUUACAAUAAUUGUAACAGUAAGCAAUUAAUGUAUAAACAUACAAGUCAUGUUUUUACAAUUGUAUGUCUUAAAAUUAGUUUAUGUAUCUUUAAAUGUACAGAUUAACACUUGUACUCAAGCAAUUUUAUACGUCGAGUUUUAUAAAUAGACUAAUAAUUUUAUAAAUAGAUUAUUUAUGAUACAUAUUAAUUUUAUAAAUAGAUUGUAUUUAUAAAAUUAUUUUAUAAAAUAUAUUUGUAUAUAUAAUUUUGCGUCAUUAAGAUGUUUGUGUAAUAUUCUUAUAUAUUGCAUUUAAAAUUAAAAACAUUUUCUAUGAAUAACACUGUACUAAUGAUAAAAAUAGAUAACAUCGCAUAUUGUAAAAAAAAAAAAAGAAAAAAGGAGUACAAAUUUAAAAAUUAAUAAAA